GAGAAUACAUUUAUAUUGAGAUCUGGAAUAAUUCAAAUCUAAAAUACAAUGAUAAGACAAUCAGUUGCAAUGUAAUAUUAUCAAAAAUAUGCCUUCUUACUAAAUUGUAACAAAAAUAAGCAAAUCAUUACAAAAAGUAUUAGGUUUAUCAUCUGUAAAAAUGUAACGAAUGCAGACAGUCUGUAAACUAUAUGUUUGUCAGCUGCCAAUGUAAUUGUCGGUUUGAUGCAAAGAUACAUUUUCCUGUGGGCUAUCAACUUAAAAUACCAGAAGUAUGCUUUUAAUGCAUAGUAUUACAAACAGAAAAUAAAUAAAAAAAGGAAAACAAUGAGAAUACAUGUAGAUAUUAUGUGGAUAUUAUAUCUGCUACUACUUGUGAAAAUAUGUGAGACAAGAAAAUCUCGCAAUAAACAGCGAGUAAAAGUGCAAAGAUCAAAGGACAUAGACACACAGUUAGACUCCAUGUCUAUACAGGAGUUGAUUAAGAAAAUAUGUUUGCCGCCUCAGUUUAACAGACUUGUUUAUAGGUAUCAAAAUAAUUCAUAUAUUUUCAUUGGAUUUGACGACGUAGAAAAAGAUACAGUGUACUCAAUGACAUGGAAAAUAAACAAAUUCAACCAAGAGGCGCUAGUCGGAAUUAACAGAAACAGAUUUACUGUCCAUCCUGCAGCAGAGAUUCGAAAACAAAUUAAAUAUAGCCAUUUAUUGGCAGCAGGGAACAAAAACAUUCAAGACAAGUUUCAAGAGAAUAUAUCCAUGUGUGGUCAGUCAAAGAUAACAUCAAAGGCUUGUAUAAUUCAGUCAUUCUCUAUGCUUGCCAGAAAGAUGAAGGAAGUAACUAUCGGAGAGAAAUGUCAAACAUGAUCACAAUGCCGUUGUAAAAACUGACAUUUAUUGCAAAAGAGGUUAUGACCCUAUCUACCAAACGUGGCAUUAAUCUGUGAAAUAUACAAAACAAAACUUGCAGAUGCCACGAAAAGUAACAACUGUAUAUUUCAAAAUAUAUAGGGAACAGAAACAAUAAUUACAGCCAAUUACGUUAAUUUAUAUUAUGUUUGUAUAAUGGAAUUUCAUUAAGUUUCAAAUGCUUGAAACAAAAUUUGAAAAUCUUACAUAGAUCAACCGGGGCAUUUAAAGAAGAACAUAUGUUCAAAAAAGAGUUUAAAAAAGAAAAAUACUUUGAAUUAGAUGUAAAUCGAUAUUUAGUGCGAUUUUUAGCCCGAUUUGGAUUAAACCGUUUGCUAGAAAAUCUGAAAUUUUGUGCACAAGAUUGUAGUAAUGGUAUAUAAAUCUAGAAAAAACAUAGGUACAGUCAAACAACUCAGUUGUUCCCCUUUAAGUAAUAUGCUUGCAAAUAUCAUUAACAUGCAAACUUUAUGAAAGUUCCACACAAUUCUUUGUAACAAUAUAAUAAUUUAAGCAAAUCAUGUACGCUGUAACGCUGUUGAAAUACGAUGAUUAACAAUAUGUUGUACAUAUUAUGCAGUGUCACGUUGCCUGUUAUUUAUACAUUUUCUUAAAAUUAAAAAAAUGUUUUGUUUCCUUUGAAAAAAUUGUAGGCAAGUUUAUUCUUAGCCUUUUUUAUGUUAUUUUUAUUGCCUUUAAGGUGUCAAUUGUUUACCGUUAGUGGCAAACAUGUAGUAGCAUUAUUACGAGUUUCAUCAAUGCAUAAAUCAAGUGUCUGAAGUUAUCCAACACAGAUUUGAAACAAUUAAUUUGAGAUGUUAAACCAUGUCGAAAUGCUUGGACCAACGGACAACAUAAUUACGAAUUAAAAUGUUGAGCCUGCUUUAUUAGUUUAUAUAGUUUGUUUUGUUUAAACAAACAUAAACAUCAAAACGUAACAACAUUUUUUUGAGGAAUAUAACGACAACUUUGCAAACUUGAGCGAUUACUUGCUACAUGACGGUUAGCAUGAUACAUACUUGCUUCCGUGUUAUAAUAUUGUAUACACAUUAAUGAUUUAAUGUCAUAAUGUUUUGAGUGUGAAUUGUGUUAUGAUUUAUUUUAUGAGUUUUAUCAGUAUAUAAUCUGACCGCUCAAUUUACUAGUUACAGUUUACAUUCUAGAAGUUACAAUGUGGGUAGAAAAUAUAUUUCAUGUUUUUUUUCACACCAAUGCAUAUGUCAUUGUAUAUCAUACGUGCAUUUUCAUUGAUGACGCGUCAUACAAUAAGUUGUUAUCAUUAUAACAGCCAGAUAAAUUCAUUUUCAAACAAACCGAUCUGUAUUUAUCGUUUGGAAAAUCUUCUAAUUUAUUUUCCAAUGUAUCUACAACCUUUGAAUAAUUUUGUGUGUAUGUUACGAUUACUGCUUUAACAAAAAGAUACAUUUUGACAAGAUACAUGUACAUAUUAUAUGUAAAAUCAUGCAGUUGUAUCAAUUUUUUAUUUACUAUUUUUGCCAACAAAGAUUAUGGUAAGUUCGUCCCUUUUCAUAAUACAUUUCUUUACCGCCAAAUUACAAAUACUCCGUUACAUGAAGAUAAAGUCUAUUUGUAUGAUUUUGUAAGACAUAACAAGAUAUGAAACUUCGACAAAGACCGUUUUCAUUCGCGUUUCAUCAAUAGAACCUGAUAUAUAAUCAGUUUUUAACAAUGGUUUAUAUAAAAACGUUAUUUCCUGUCCAGUCAGAGGUGUGUCUCUUCUGAUGUUAUUACAUAUGGACAUCAUUUUCACAAAGAUCAUGCACUUGUCUUUCUUCACAUUGAUUUUCGUUAGAACUUAUAUUACUUUCUACAUUAUAAGAAUAAGUGCACCUUCGGAUAAAUAACGAUUCGAAUAAUACUAUUGCUCCCGCUAUAA